AUGGGGAACCUGUUCUCAUCAGUGUUCUUUAAGUUAUUUGGAAACAAGGAUGUUAGGAUACUUAUAUUAGGUCUUGAUAGUGCUGGCAAGACAACGAUACUUUAUAAACUACAGUGUGGAGAGGUACUGACGACUAUACCGACAAUUGGAUUCAAUGUAGAGACAGUAUCAUAUAAGAAUAUUAGGUUUCAAGUUUGGGAUCUUGGAGGACAGAGCACGAUUAGACCUUACUGGAGAUGUUACUAUCCAAACACCAACGCCAUUAUAUAUGUAGUAGACUCGUCGGAUCCCGAUCGACUGGGCAUUGCCAACGAAGAGCUUGUAGCGAUGCUCUCGGAGGAGGAGCUAAAGACUACGCCGCUGCUAGUCUUUGCCAACAAACAGGAUCUGCCCGGUGCGCUGACCGAGGCUCAGGUGUCUGAAGGUCUCAAGCUCAGCUCACUAAAGAAUCGUCAAUGGUCCAUCGUUAAGACAUCGGCCAUCAAAGGACAAGGACUAUACGAAGGCCUCGACUGGCUGGUCAACAUCAUCUCAUCCGGUGGU